CUUCCCCUUGUGUCUUCAGCUACAGAAACUGUGCAGUUUGCUCCUGAAAUCCGGCCAGGAUGUGGGUGGUGUCGCCCCCCUCUGGGCUGUUCCAGUAUGCCAAGAAGCUCCUCCUGCAUGAGCGGGCCGGGUGGGCGCAGGCCGUGGAGUUCAUGCGCAUGAAUGCCGCCAACUCCAUCUCCGUGGCCAACCUCAUCGUGGGCCUGUGCUCCAUCCUGUGCAGCCUCAACAGGCUGCACCAUUCCGCCUGCUGGCUGAUCCUGACGGGGUUUCUGCUGGACCUCGCCGACGGAGCGGUCGCCAGGCGACUGAACGCCUGCUCUGCUCUGGGAGCCAAGCUGGACGACUUUGCGGACUUCACCUCGUUCGGCCUCGCGGCGGGCCUGCUCCUCCAGGCCCAGGGCGUCCUCGAUGGGCUCCUGGUGAUCCUGUACGCGCUGGCCGUGUUCACCCGCCUCUGCUUCUUCUCCAGUGGGGUCCCCUUCAUGUACCGGGGUCUGCCCUGCCCUUACGGAGCGUCCAUGCUUGCGACCACCUACCUCCUGACGGGGGGCGACCGGGUGGCCACGCGCGCCGUGGCGCUGGCGAUGGUCCUCUUCAUGGUGGACCGGGGCUUCUACCCUCACGACAAGGUGCUGGAGUCCCAGCCGUGGAAGAAGGCGGUCUACGCGGGAGGGGUCCUGAUGGUCGCCUUCUCCGCCUCCUCCUUUGCCUCCGUCUAUUACCUGAUCUGGUCCACCUCGUACAUCUUCUUCCCGACGGCGUUAUGGAGCUACAGAAACUAAGCAAAUCUGUGGCCUCGUGGGAACUCUGCACUUUUGCACAUACAUGGCUGCGGGCCGCCUGUUCAGAGGACCUGAAAACCAGCGGAUGCGGCGCGAACACCCAUCACGGAAACCGUACGGAGGCCUGCGGCUUCCCAGCCGGACACGCCUCAGCUCCUAGGUCCUCCCUGUCGCGUCGGCUGGUGUGUCCACCCAGGCCGAGCGGGUUUCUGGUGAGCUCUGCAGCUUGGAUGCCAGCACUUUGAGCCUCCCCGUCAGUGUAGAUAAAAAAUGUACAGAUUUUUUCUAUUUAGACAGAUCUAUGUAUAAAAUGCUGUAUAGAUUUAAGAGGGGAAAUGAAUUUGUAGAUAUUUUGUAUUUUUAUCUUUUCCCAGUCAUUAAUUUUAUAUGUUGAUGACUUUUGGGGACACGGUUCAGGUUUCCCUCGUUCUCACGGUGAUGCUAAAGGUGGGUCCUUCUGUCCUCUUCUGGCGCCCCUGCCUCACUUUGACGGAGAAGCCGUGCAAGAUGCCGAAAGGGAGCAUGUGGGUUUGUGGCAUACAAAUUUGUGGGUUUGCAGCCCUAGUUAAAAAAGCAGAUGCAAUGGGGCUGAGUGAACGAAUGACAAGCCAGAGGACAGACUGCGGGUGAGCUGGUUCUUGCGGAGUCAUGGGUUGUUACAUCGUGUGAACCCAGCCAUGCUAACAAGUCGGGGUUUGCUAACCACAACAUCCCACGGUUCUCUUUGUGGGUGGCUCAUGGUUAAGAAGCAUGGCUUGUUAGCUCAGGUGGGCUCACACAGCACAACCCCGCCCCCCCCAAGAGCAGCCCACAUCCAGCGCACACUCUGGCUUGUUAUGCUGUGCCAACCCAGCCCUGGUGUUGUCGGGAUCUGAGACUGGCCAAAAUACCUUGCCUUGGUGUCGCAGGCAAAUCGCUGAAGGCACGUCAUUGCCUGACCUGCCUCUUCCUGGACUGGGGCUUCCUUGCCUUGGCUCCAGGGUGGCCUUGGCUGGAAGGCUCGCAGGCCAGAUUCCAGUGUGAGCACUUCUGCAGGGGGGAACUCUGCUUAAGCACUAGCAGUGAGUGUUGAGCUCGAAACACACAGCCAUUCCUUUGAACCCGAGUGCAGCUGGUGCUGGACAGUGGCGCUUCUUUUUGCAGGAGAUCAACCCCUCAGUUAAUUCUAUUAAAAACAUCUUAGUAAAAUAAAAACCAGGAGAGACGGAGAGCUAAGGGUGAGGGAUGCUGCACCUUUAGCCACGAGGGAGGAGGUGGGGAGGGACCCUCAUCGCACCUGCAGCCUGCAUCUCAAUAGCAGGCGACCCACAAGCCACCAAUCCAUGUCCCGGCUGCAUUCUUUGUGCACGGUGCCCCAAAAGUCCAACAGUGUGUUGUUCCCGUACCACGGGGACAGAGGACACUGCAGGACCGCCACUGCCGUCCCAGCACAGCUGGAACCCACGUGCCCCCCACCCUCCUCCGUCAGAAGAGCCACCUCUCCCCCUCCAAGGGGUUCCCAGUCCGAAAUGAAUUCGUUCCCACUCUGGGCAAAGCCCAGAUCCCAUUUAUGUGCUUCCUUCUGAAGAUGUGCUGCUGGGAAAACUGGAUCGUAUGUCUGUGGGCUAUGAAGCCCUAUUAAUAUUUAAUUUUGUUGCUGUCACAGUGGUGAAAUUUAUUGGGAGUGCUGAUUUCUGCUUCUGCAGUUACUUGGUAGGAAAGGGGGAGAAAGGAGGACAAGACUGUGAUUGUUGCAUUACUGAAAAAGAAUACUUGAAACAAACAAACAAACAAACAAACAAA